GAUUUGAUGGACGCAUCAGAUGGGGAUCUGGCCGGGCGUAACCGCGUUGCACGUUAUGUGGACGAUGAAGAGGCAGUCGAUGAAGAGGCGGUCGAUGAAGAAACGGACGGCGUAGAUUGUGAAAGCGUGCUUGAUGGUACCGAAAAUGCAGUUACCGAAGCACUUUCCAAAUCUGACGUUGUUGUUGUUUUAAAGGAAGAUAAUGAGAGCG